AUGGAUUGUCUCUUGGCUCUGGUGCUCGCGUCCACUCUAUACCUGCAGGCGGCCGCUGAGUUCGACGGAAGGUGGCCCAGGCAAAUAGUGUCAUCCAUUGGCUUGUGCCGUUAUGGAGGAAGGAUCGAUUGCUGUUGGGGUUGGGCUCGCCAAUCCUGGGGACAAUGCCAGCCUGUGUGUCAGCCACAAUGCAAGCAUGGUGAAUGUAUCGGACCAAACAAGUGCAAGUGUCAUCCUGGAUAUGCCGGAAAAUCCUGCAAUCAAGAUCUAAAUGAGUGUGGCCUGAAGCCGCGGCCCUGUAAGCACAGGUGCAUGAACACUUACGGCAGCUACAAGUGUUACUGUCUCAACGGAUAUAUGCUCAUGCCGGAUGGGUCCUGCUCAAGUGCCCUGACGUGCUCCAUGGCAAAUUGUCAGUACGGCUGUGAUGUUGUCAAAGGACAGAUCCGGUGCCAGUGCCCCUCUCCUGGCCUACAGCUAGCUCCUGAUGGGAGGACCUGUGUUGAUGUUGAUGAAUGUGCUACUGGAAGAGCCUCCUGCCCUAGAUUCAGGCAGUGUGUCAACACUUUUGGGAGCUACGUCUGCAAGUGUCAUAAAGGCUUCGACCUCAUGUACAUUGGAGGCAAAUACCAAUGUCAUGAUAUCAAUGAAUGUUCCCUUGGUCAAUAUCAGUGCAGCAGCUUUGCUCAAUGCCACAACAUACAGGGGUCCUACCAGUGCAGAUGUAAAGAUGGCUACCAUGGUGAUGGACUGAGUUGCGUGUAUAUUCCAAAAGUCAUGAUUGAACCUUCAGGUCCAAUUCAUGUACCAAAGGAAAAUAGUACUGUUCUAAAGGGUGAUGGAGGACACAGUAAUUGGAUUCCUGAUGUUGGAGGUACUAGAUGGCCACUGAAGACACCAUAUAUUCCUCCCGUCAUUACCAACAGGCCUACUGCUAAGCCAACAACAAGACCUACACCAAAGCCAACACCACAGCCUACUCUACCCUUACCCCUACCACCAUCAACAGAGUUCAGAACCCCUCCACCAACAACAACCUCAAAAAGACCAACCACAAGACUUACAACUACGGCAGCAGCUACCAGUACAUCUCUGGGAGGGUUUACAGUUGACAACAGGAUACAGACAGAUCCUCAGAAACCCAGAGGAGAUGUGUUCAUUCCACGACAACCUUCAAAUGACUUGUUUGAAAUUUUUGAAAUAGAAAGAGGAGUCAGUGCAGAUGAUGAAGCAAAGGAUGAUCCAGGUGUUCUAAUACACAGUUGUAAUUUUGACCACGGGCUUUGUGGAUGGAUCAGGGAAAAAGACAGUGACUUGCACUGGGAAACAAUUAGAGACCCAGCAGGUGGACAAUAUCUGACAAUCUCAGCAGCCAAAGGCCCAGGGGGAAAAGCUGCUCGCUUGGUACUACCUCUCGGCCACCUCAUGAAUUCAGGGGACCUGUGUCUGUCAUUCAGGCACAAGGUGACUGGGCUGCACUCUGGCACACUCCAGGUGUUUGUGAGAAAACACGGUGCCCAUGGAGCAGCCCUGUGGGGAAGAAAUGGUGGCCAUGGCUGGAGGCAGACCCAGAUCACCUUGCGAGGGGCUGACGUCAAGAGCGUCAUCUUCAAAGGUGAAAAAAGACGUGGUCACACUGGGGAGAUUGGAUUGGAUGAUGUGAGCUUGAAAAAAGGCCACUGCUCUGAAGAACCCUAGCAAGUCCAGAACUAGCAAUGAAUUCUCAUGUUGUUGUCUCUUCUUUUCCCAAUUCUCACCUCCUCUCCUCCCCCUUACCAGGCCUAGGAGAAGGUCAGGAGAAAGUCUUAUUGGUGACCCACAUCUUACUGACCUGUUUUUGUGCAAUCCUAAUGAACAGUGAGACCCUCCCUGAAAUAUAAGGGGCAUCUAUCUGUACACACGUCCCAGCCACUGUUGGGUGUGACCUAUCAUCCUGUGUCGCUUUUCUGUGACCCACACCACCCUUCAUUCUGGCUAUGAGGUGUUCCUUAUGGCAAAUUAUGGGAGAAGUUUUCAAGAGGAAUCUGUGCAAAUGGCCAUCUUGUUAUCUGUUCAGUGUUGUACCAUGAGUAGUAUUGACUCUCGUUAAGAUAUAAUAUACAGUGUGCUUGUGAAAUUGGUUUAUCCUCUUCAUUUAAGUUAGUUCUGGCUUGGACAUGAACUCUGACU